CUGCUCUGAGGGGAUGUACAGGCACAUGAAUAUAGUGAUCUCAUCAGCUGAAAAUGAGGCGAAAAGCACAUAAACGGGUCAUCACAGGUAGCCAACAACUAUCUGCCUCCCCAGGCAUGACUUAAAGCUUUGAGUGUUGGUCUGUAGUUUGAGUUCAAAUCUGGCUUCAACAUUCAAUCGACCAGCAACAGCAGAAGAAGCAACAGCUACACACACAUGUAAGACGAGGCACAGAGAAAACUAUGAAAAAGAUAUAUAUUGGCAAAACAGCCCUGAAAACCCAGAGAAAUGGUUGCAAGCAUCAAAAACGAAGCUCUUUCCAUGACCACAAAGAUGACCUCCGUAAGCGCCUAUCAUAUACCACCCACAAACUAGAGAUGGUGGAAACAGAGUUUGACUCCACUCGGCAGUACCUUGAGACAGAGCUACGUCGAGCCCAGGAGGAACUGGAAAAAUUUACAGAAAAACUUUGCAGGAUCCAAAGUAGCUAUGCUGCUCUUCAAAGGAUCAACCAGGAUUUGGAGGACAAGAUGUGCAGAACGUCGCAGCACCACGAGGAGGAAAAGAGAGCCCUCAGCCGGGAAAUCAUUGUUCUUAACAACCACCUCAUGGAGGCGAAGAUCACCAUUAAUAAACUCAGAGAGGACAAUGACCUGUACAGAAAAGACUGCAACCUAGCAGCCCAGCUGCUGCAGUGCUCCAAGUCUCACUACAGAGCACACAAGCUGUCGGAGUUGCCCCUGGAUUUCCAGGAACGCAUCAGUUCCCACAUGGAGAAACACAACCAGGGCAGAGGAGCUACUAUGGCAAUGUGUCACCCCAAUUACUCAGAUGCAGUGCCUACAACCAUAAUUGCCAAGGUGCUGGAGAAGCCUGAACCAGGGAGCAGUUGCCCUGUAACACGCUCACCCAGCCCCCAGCCUCAAGAUGGAGACGUUCUAACAGGAACUGCAAGCACAGACCAUCUGCACCGCCGCAUUUCGUAUAAGACAUCUGACCUCUACUGCAGUGACACUGCCCUGUAUUGCCCCGAACGAUGGCAAGACUCAGAGCGCAGGCAGAGUGCCGAUCUCCAUGGAACUGGCCUGCAUCAGCUCCAAGCCCAGAACUCCUUAGACAGUAACCCAGAUGAAGAUCCUUUCCAGUCUGGAAGUUUUUCUCACCAUGAAACCCCAUCCUCUUUCCACCACCAUGAUGAUGAGUUUGGAACCGGUAGUCUCCCUGUCUCCAGUUCCUACUCCAGUUUCAGCCUUGCAUCAGAUGACAAAGUAGGAGUUAGUGGUGGGUGUGGGCGCACUGCCAGCAGCACCUUAUCCUCUUCCCACCAAGGUCUUUAUAUUGACUGGCGAGAUGGUGGCAGUGGAGACUUUGAGCACAAGAGCAUGUCCUCAUAUGAUAAGGAUAGUCCAAGCUUCUCCAAGGCCCACAGCAUCCAGCACAUGGUGGCCUCCAGGAGCCCACAAAAGGGUACCUCACCAGCUUAUACAAGGACAGCUUCAUGCUUCAGUGAACCAUACCACUCCAGCACUCCUCGCCUCGCCUCCUCUCACAGCAUUGGGUCCACAUCCGGACUUAUUCAGGCCAAUAGAGGAGCUCUGGACAGCAGAGGUGAUGCACAAGUCCCUGAAGAUGACCUUAGCAACCGUUGGCGACAGCUUAGCGUUGAAGACAUCAACAUUUUCUCAUCUUCUUAUAGCAACAUAGCAGGACGGAUCUCUCCGUACAGUUUCUCUGAACGCCACUUUGCCAUGGGCCCCUCCAGUAAAGUCAAGGAGUCUCUUUACAGCAGCUUCCAAGAAGGAGACGAUGUCUUCCACAGCCGCGUGCUGGACCAGUGUUUUGCAAUGGGCUCCCCUUCACCCAGCCGCAGUCCUAAACCUAAGGAGCAUCAUAAGCAGGAGAAAACAUCUGUGCUAUAUAGAGCCAAGGAUGACAGCCAAGACUCUGAGUGCAGUCUGUUCCUCUCAGGGAGUUCUAAAGACAAGGAGAGCAGCGGGGGACCAUCAGCUGCAAGCAGCACCAAGAAGGACUACGUGAACCUGAGCGCAGACAGCUCGGCUGAGUCCUUACACCAAAGCUCACUCGAAGCCUCAAGCCUUCAGCACUAUCCUAGCCCCAGGCCGAGUGUCCGGCCUCGCCCAAGCUCCAGCUCUGCUCUCAGUGUCGGCCCCACACUCCCGAAGAAGACCUCUCCAAGAUACCAAAAAUUUGGUAGCACAGGGCUGACAAGGAAGGACAGUUUGACCAAGGCGCAACUUUAUGGUACACUCCUGAACUGAGUGCAGGGAGACAGCUUUUCAUUUUAUGCAUGAUGACAAUGAUGAUGAUUUUUAACUUACUGUACUGCACUGUAUGUCUCCCUGCAGCAAACACGUACUUGUAAUCGGAUGUGAAGAUGUUGUUGUUUUCUGUAUCUUAGCCAAGGCACGUUUCAUACAGUCUGCAACGUUUUUUUCUAUUGUGUGUCUUGAUCCAGUGUAGCUAUCUGAUACCAGCUAUUAAGUACAUUUCUGUUACAGUAGAAAGAAUAAUUAGCAUCAACAGGAUGAAACCACAGGCCGGCAAAAUGACGAUACUUUGCUAUGUGCUCUUUUUAGGUGAUGAGCAUUUAGCAUAACAAGCAAAAGACCAUUAAAUUCUGCUUUAAUGUACACAAUAUAAUACCAGAGUAAAGUGUGUGUAAUGAGGUAAUAUAAUUACUCAUGUUUAGAAGAGGUUUUCCAUUACACAUGCUGGACCACGCUGACUGCAAGCGUUCAGAAUGAUUUAUCUAUUCUCCUUUCCCUUUUUUCUGCAUGAUGUAUAAUGCACAUAUACACCGUAUGAUGGGAAAACACAUUUGCAAUUCAAGUCUUUAUCACAGGGACAUAAUCUCCAAGUUUCACUCAGUAGAAGGGAAGAUUUUCAAACUUAUUAAACAGCAGACAGCAUAUAUGAGUAUCUAUGUACACGAUAUUGAUGUUUCUGAACAAGACAGAAUAUAUAUAUACAUAUA